UUUUUUAGAUCAUACCAAGAAGUUGAAUGCAUGAUCUUAUUCUCUUUGCAGUUACUCUGUUUGUUUGGUUGUUUAAAAGUUUUUGAAGAGAAAGAGCAAAUAAUUGAUUGAGAAAAUGGAGAAGGCAGUUCACUCUUCCACAACGUCUGGACCGGCGGUUCCAGGGGAGGCAACAAAGACCGGAACCUCCAUAAUUGACGCUGCGGCCUCCGCCGUUCAAAGUUUUGCACCUGUUAACCAAAUCCACCAACACCUCUGCGCGUUCCAUUUCUAUGCUGACGACAUGGCACGACAAGUAGAGGCUCACCAUUUCUGCAGUCACGUGAAUGAAGAGAUGCGUCAGUGUUUGAUAUACGACGGUCCAGAUGCAAACGCUCGUCUGAUCGGAUUGGAGUACAUAGUGUCAGAGAAGCUGUUCAUGACUUUGCCUGACGAAGAGAAGAAGCUUUGGCACUCGCACGAGUGGGAAGUGAAAGGAGGUUUCUUGUUCAUGCCUGGUGUUCCAGGUGCCAUUCAGCGUCAAGAUCUUGAUAAAGUCGCUAAGACUUAUGGCAAAGUUUUCCAUUUUUGGCAAGUUGAUUUGGGCCAUGAGCUUCCCAUUGGUUUACCUAAUGUCAUGAUGGCUGUUACCCGCGAUGGCCAGCUUUUCCAUGAGAUGAUUCAGGAGGCAGAGAAGCGGUUUGGGGUAUCGGUUGAGGGGGAGAGGGACUCAAGGGCGUAUAUGACAGGGCCCGAGCUGGGGAUCCAUCCAUUGGCGAAUGGAGGAGGCAAAGGGAUGAAACUAGAGCUGCGAGAGGUCGAUAUCAAACCGGCUGAGUCUGUCGGCAGCGUCUUUGUCUGAGUUUAUUACCUAAGACCUUAUUAAGUAUAAUAAUGGCCACAAAGCAAGCAAUGUGUGUUUUGGUAAACACAAAGCGUACAGUACUAGACAACAAGACACUUAAAAUAGUUUGGUUUUAUUUCUUUGGAUUUUA